GGCUGAGAGAGAUUAGAUCCCCAGACUUCACGGAGCCUGGACCGAAACGUCCUACAGGUAUGAUUGGCUACAUUCGAUCUACCGUUUCCGAUCUCGAGAGAAACCUGGCACUCAUCAAUACACAUUCCAACUUUUUUUUUUUAACAUCGCAGACUACCCGGACCAAGAUGUCCGAUUUCGACGUCAGGUAGACAUCACCUCUGUUAUGGAGUCUGUGAGUCGAAAACGACUUGUAGGAAUUCGAUGUCCGACAAUUUCAAACGUCUACUUCCGGCACCUCUGCCUCCCGGUACCGCCCGGACACACGCACCGGAAACAUCUCUCCAGAAGGAGACCGGGCCCCCCGUCAAGAAACGUACCGUCUCUAAGGCCGCAUGUAACAAUUGCCGUCUAAAGAAGAUACGAUGUGACAGCAAGAGGCCCUGCACAAACUGUAGCAAGACUGGCGUAGAAUGCAACUUCGUUACUGCUAGUAGCGACGAGACCCCCUUCAUGGCUCUGAAGCGGGAAGUCGAAUCGCUCAGGAGAUCUACAGAGGAUAUGCUGCAAAUAUUCGAUCUGUUGGAGUCCGCCCCUGAUGCAGUUUCUCUCGACAUCCUCAGACGAUUAAAGGCUAUCAGGAAUCCAUCCGAGGGGGUUAACGAUACCUCCGACAUUUUAGUAUCCGUAAAGAGAGACCUCGAGGACGAUCCCGUUUUGCCAGUCAAACUAUCCAACCGGCAGCUCAUGGCUGGCCUCAUACCAGAAACCCAACAAACUCCCGAAUACGAGCUAAUGAUGCGAUGUCCAACUACUUACACUUUGCUGAUACCCGUGGAGGCUGCGUUUGUUAAUCUAGCCAAUCUGUUACAUCCAACUAUUCUUGAAUACCCAAAGGCCCCCAGCUUCGUUGGAAUUGGUGACCACCCGUCAUUCACAAGCCUUCCUAGUGGUUCAAACGAGAGUUCCUUUAGGGGCGGAGCGACAUUCACUUCAUUGGAAGCGAGGGACCAUACCACAGGAAGUUCUGCGCCUUUGCAGUCGAUUUACACAUAUGUGGACGAUAGGUUAAAGGCUGUGAAUUUCCAGAAAUGGACCGGCGUGCCUAUCCCCAACGAGCUUGCCGCAACAUUGGUCUCGUUAUAUCUGGAAAUCGAUCACCCGUGGUGCCCUUUAUUCGAUAGUGAUCUAUUUCUGAAUGACUGUGUGCAGGGAAACAUUCAUUUCUGCUCUUCUCUGCUCGUGAAUGCUUUACUUGGAUGGGCCUGCCAAUCUUAUUCGAUGUUGAAGCCAGAGGCUAGGGAAUUUAUCGUUGCCUUCGAGACAGAAGCUGAGCGCCUAUGGCAUAUAGACAAGCUCAAAAACAUGCUUACCGUGGUUGCAGCUUCUCAGCUUCUAACUAGCAUAUCAGCAUGUCGAGGUCGCGACGAGUUCGCAAACGAAUGUUUAGAAGAAGGCAUACAGAUGGGGAAACGCAUGGGUCUCUUCGGAGUGCCUUCUGAGAAGUCCUCGGCUUCAAGCUGGCUUGAUCAUCACAAAGACUGGAUAAGAGCUGCGUGUCAUACCUCAUGGGGUAUUUUUUCAUGUGCUUGUAUACGUUCAUUGCACCUUCAUCGAGCGGAAAUCGACGUGCCUCCCCUGCUACCUAUGCCUGGAGAAUAUUCCGAGUCAGGUAGCCACUCCCAUUUUGCUUAUCUUUCAAAUACCUUGCCAGCCAAUGAGGCAUUCAGAGCAGUGUGUAAAUUCAGUCUUAUUGUCCAUGAGAUUAUCUUGGCCUAUUUUGAUGGGGGUGAUAUUGUUCCUGCCGCCCGGGCUACUAUUGAAUUCGCGGAACAAAUAUAUCAGAAACUAUUUGACUGGGCAGCAUCGCUCCCCCUAGAACUAGCGCGGGGGAGACGCAACCACCACUCGACCUUGAUGCUACAUCUUUAUUUUCACUGUACGGUGAUGGAGCUAUUUUGGCCAUUUCUGCAACAGCAUGGAGACAAGGAGAUAAAAGUGACCCACCUCACUAUCACUACAGCCACCACACAGGAAAUACAUAAAGCCUCUGUGAACCAGCUCAAAAGGCUAGGCCUCAUUUACUGCAUUGAAUCCAACAACCUGUGCUUAUCGACAUUGUGGCAUAUUGCUCUCCUUUACCUAGCUAACGCAAUGCUCUGUGAGACUAUGCGUUCCGGAAAUUUGCGAGAUCCGGAAAGAUGGUUCUACUUCAUGCUCUGCAUGACCUGCUAUGAAAAUAUGUGACGGUUCUUUUCAAGUGGUCGAAAUCACGAUACUCGGACUGUUAAGUAUGGCCUUACGCA